GGAAAUAUCACCACGAACAAAGGUCUUGAUUCAGCAGCAGAGGCGCAUAUUCUCUGAUACACUGCACAGAGACAGUGCCGAGGCUGGAUUACAACCGAAAAAUCGUCAUGAAGAAGGGCGACAUCACGUACCUAGCACCGCUUCGCAGCAACUGCAUCAAAAGGCGCAAAAGGGAGGCGUUGAUGACCUUGUGAGCAACUCUGUGGAGGAGGCAAAUCGAAGCGCUCUGCUCCGCAAAGCCGUGGAUCAAAGCGCUGGAGUCCCGUUGUGGCUUACCCUACGUGUCAGCGCAGCUGAGGCACGCACGGCAACGACGAUGAUACGGCUUAAGGACCGCAGUCCUGCUUUAGCGACUUGGGAACCGCAGUCUCCAGAAGCUUUGGUGCAACGGAAGCCCUCGUAUGGAAAGCCGCCGCCGGAUUACUUUCCGCCUUCUCCACAGUCUCAAUCAAAAAAUGCGCAAACUGGAGGUGGUGUGGCUCAUCAACGACAGAGCUACAACAUCAGAUGUGAUAUGGUGGAUCAAGCAACAUCUCCUGUGAGACUAGACUUUUUGCCAAGGCGUGCGGAAAUCGGAGAUGAGCUAUCGAUGCACGAAGACUACGCCACGACCGUUCUGGAUCACCGUGGCGCUGACAGCAGUAUCAGAGGUGCUACUAGAGAGUUGAACAACGUUCCGUCCCCGCUAGGCACGCGUCCUCCAGGAGGUGCGACUACGCCAUCUUCUGCGCACGCGAUCUAUCCGCCGAUGGCGCCAACAACGCCGUCACAAGCGGUCGGCAACCAGUUUUUAGAGCAGAACGGAGAGGAAAAUGCGGUUGCCAUGUCGCCCGCGCGACUCCGGAGAGUUCUGCAAGAAGAGCACGAUUUGAAGCACGAAGCGGUCUUGUCGGAGUUGAGAGACCUGCGCGCAACCUUGUCUGCCGAAAUGGAGCGGCGUGAAGCGGAG